AUGCUGUUGCAAUACUGCACCAUCCUCGCCGGCCUAGCCCAUCAAAUAGGUCUGGCCAGCGCUCACCCUCCAAGACCGUGGAAUCACUCUCCUCAUAGGCCAGGAUGGACGAAUACAACGAAGAUACCAAUACAGCCUCGCCAAGAAAACACCGCCGCCUAUCUAGACGGCUCCAUCUACCUACUGGGUGGAAUCAUCAACCAGACCCUCCCAGACAAUCCCUUGGGAGCCACAACAACCUCCAUGGUGCAAGCCUACGAUAUUGACACUCGCGAAUGGCGAAGUAUCGCUUCGCUGCCGACCGCAAUCAAUCACGGCAACGUGGCGGUGGUGGACAACAAGCUCUAUAUUCUCGGUGGCUUGUCUCUUCAAGGUGGCAAUUGGAUUGCAGACAACAACGCUUCUUAUGUGUAUUGCUCGCGAACGAACACCUGGAGAGACCUGGCUCCGAUUCCUAGCCAACAUUCUCGAGGUAGCGCCGCGGUCGUGACUCACGGAAGUAAGGUAUAUCUGGCCGGUGGUCUUCGUGAGCUGGACUUAUUCAUUGGUGGCAUUUACGACACAAUCGAUACAGUAUCUGUAUACGACACCAGGACCGAUACUUGGGAUGAUCCACCAGCUGCAGCGUCCAGACUCCCAGAAGGCAGAGACCACGUCGCAGCAGCGCUCGUAGAUGACAUCUUCUACGUACUAGGAGGCAGAAUCAACGCAACUACAGCACCGAACGGCGGACGUAGGGAUACGGUCUUUGCUCUGGACCUGGACGAUCUUGAAGCUGGAUGGAGCCUCAAGAAAGGACGAAUGCCGACGCCGCGUGGAGGGUUGUCGUUUGGAGCGGUUGGAAAGAAGGUGUGUACGUUUGGAGGCGAAGGAAACCCUGAAGUCGAGAGCGGUGUCUUCAAUGUGACUGAGGUGUACGAUAUCGACUCGGAUAGCUGGAGCACUCUACGGCAAAUGCCGCUGCCUGUGCAUGGGACGUACGCGGCGGUGAAAGAUGGAAGGGUUUAUAUUCCUGGAGGCGGCGUCCAUCAGAAUUUCGGGCCUACCAAUGUCUUCCAAAUCUAUACGCCGGAGCAUAAUAGAUGGUAA